AUGUCAAAUCAUAAUUACAAAUCUUCAAAAAAUAGAUCACAAUCAAAUAAAAAUACUUUAACAAGUAAAAUCAAUCAAAUUGAUAUUGAUGAUGUAAUUAAUAAUAAUACUUUAAAUGCACAUUUAUCAUUAUUAAAAAUAUUCAAAACAUUAAGACAUAAAGAUAAUAAUAUCAAUAGAUUAUUUUUAAUAGAAGCUGAAAAAAGAUACAAUAUAUGGUUAAAUUUAUUAAAUGAUAAAUUUGAUAAUGGUGAUAAUGAAGAUAUUCCUAUUCCACCAAUCGACGUAUGUCAAAUUUGGCACACACAUUUACUCUCGCCUUUAAAAUAUUUUAAAGAUAUAAAAAAAUUAUACAAACAAGAAUAUAAAUUUUCAAUCGAAAGAAUAUAUAAAUGCUGGGAUAAAAAUAAUGAUGAAUAUUUUAAAUCAGUUAAAUUUUGGGAAAAAUACACUAAACAACCGUGGAUUCUAAAUAUUCAAGAUGAAUCACCAUUUUCUUUGAAUCUCGUAAAUGCUGUAAUUCGUCAAUAUAAAUUUACGGAUAAAAUAAUUAAUGAUUAUGCUAUCAAGGCAUCUAUGAAUCAUUCACAAGCAAUCGAAAGAUAUAAAAAAUUUCUUUUAUUGAUUAAAAAUAAUGAAAGAAAUCUUGUCCCGACAAUAGAUAUAGAUCUUUGCUGGCAUACACAUAUGCUUCACGCUAUUGAUUAUCGUAAUUUUACAAAAAAAUAUACGGGUGAAAUUAUUAAUCAUGACGAUAAAAUCUCUGAAUCUAUUCUCUCUGAUAAUUUUAAACAAACUUCUGAUAUUUGGUAUAAAAAUUUCAAUGAAUUGUAUAGUGAUGAUAAUCUAAAUGAUAACAAAAACAUCAAGAACAAAAAAAUUAUAUCUGUUAAAUUUAGAGAUUGCGGCAUGACUGGUACAGGUUGGUGUCAAGGUGGUUCAUG